GUUAAGUAGCGAAAACACGGUUAGCAAUGACGUGGUAAGAAUUAUUACGUGGGUGGGGUUUGUGGCGCGUCUGAAUGUCUUGGUAAACGACUAUAAUAUAUCCCAGUAUACGAAUAUAAAGAGAAGGCAGCAAACUGGGAUACAGAACCAGGUUGAUGGCGAAGAAUGGCACGAAUAUCGUUAGACUGCCCCAACUCCCUACCGGGAAUUCCCCUCAGUGUGUUGUCAGUGCCUAUGGAAAAUAAAUAUAAAUGUCAGCAGUGUCUCCAGGUCCUGAGGAAGCCAGUCCAGGCUCAGUGUGGCCACCGCUUCUGUGUCCAUUGCUUCAAACAGCUCACCAGUUCUGGUCCAAAACCCUGUGAAGCCUGUCGGGAAGAGGAAAUAUAUGAGGAGCCUACCUCCAUUCUAAACGGUAAUGAGGCUUUUCCUGACAACGCAGCAGGCCGAGAAAUAGCCAGCCUCCCUGCUCGGUGUUUGAACCAGGGCUGCAGUUGGACAGGCUCAAUAAAAGACUAUGAGGCUCAGCAUGAAGGUCGCUGUGAAUUCGAACAGAUAAAGUGCGAGGCCUGCCAAAACUUUAUCCUUCGCAUGGAGAAGGACAGACAUAAUGAGCGAGAAUGCGAAGCAAGAACGCUGAACUGCAAAUACUGCAAAGUGACGUUCAACUUUAAAGAUAUCAAGGCCCAUGAUGAAAUUUGCUUAAAGUUUCCCUUGCAGUGCAAAGACUGUGGCAAGAAGAAAAUCCCAAGAGAAAAGUUCAGUGAUCACAGCAGGUCCUGUGCCAAGUCAAAAAGUGCCUGUCCAUUUAGUGAAGUGGGCUGUAAAGCUGUGAUAGAGAAUGGAAAGCUCACUGAUCAUGAGCACAGCAGCACCAUGGAGCACUUGCGUCUGCUGCUGCCCAUGGUUCUGACAAUGGCUCGGGUUCGAACAGAGGCUCCUGGUCUGGGAGAGUGGCAGGAGGACUCUGGUCUGGGCCUGUACAGGGCUCCUGAGGAGGGAGUCCCUAUGGGUGCUGGAGCCUCUGCACAGUCUGUGGACCUGGAAAAAAAGGUGAAUGCUUUAGAAAAUAUUGUGUGUGUCCUGAAUCGGGAGGUGGAGCGGAGUUCAUUGACAAUGGAAGCUUUUGCACAUCAGCAUCGCUUGGAUCAGGAAAAAAUAGAGAAUCUGUCGAAUAAGGUGCGGCAGUUAGAAAGAACCCUGGCUAUGAGAGACCUGCAGGUGUCCGAAACCGAGCAGGUCGUGCGAGAACUGCAGUUCUGCACCUACGAUGGAAUAUUUGUGUGGAAAAUCUCAGACUUCUCCCGUCGCAGGCAGGAUGCGGUGGCCGGUCGAACACCUGCGAUGUUCUCACCAGCUUUCUACUCCAGUAAAUACGGCUACAAAAUGUGUCUGCGGCUCUAUUUAAAUGGUGACGGCACAGGCCGAGGGACACACUUGUCUCUGUUCUUCGUCGUCAUGAGGGGCAAGUGUGACGCCCUGCUCAAAUGGCCAUUCAGUCAGAAGGUGACACUGAUGCUUCUUGAUCAGAAUAACAGGGAGCACAUCAUUGAUGCUUUUCGGCCUGAUGUUACCUCCACGUCCUUCCAGCGGCCCAUCAGUGAGAUGAACAUCGCCAGUGGGUGCCCACUCUUUUGCCCACUGGCCAAACUGGCUGGAAAAAGCCCAUAUCUGAGAGACGAUACCAUUUUCAUUAAAGCCAUUGUAGACCUGACUGGCUUAUGAGGUGUUCUGUGGAAGUUACACCUGCUAUUUAUUUAAACAACCUUGAACCAGGGUAAAAACAAAUGAUAAAAGAUAUAUCAUAUAUUAUUUUAUAAACACAAAAUAUGUUAUUUAUAGAUUUAUAGUGCAUAUUAUAUAUAUACAUAUAUAUACAUAUAUAUAUAUACUAUUGUCAAGAGUUCAUUAAAGGGUUCAUAACACUGUUUAGGGUGUGUGUUUGUCCAUGCACUCAUAUUACCAUACUCACAAGGCAUCUUCCAUACAGUGUGCAUGUAUAUUCAGCACUGUGAAAUGCUUGUUUUAAUUACUAGCAGAUCAUGAUUAUGUAAUUGUUUUGUAAUCCCAUCAUUUUUAACUGAAGUUUAAGUAUCUUUAAUUUUAUCUUAUCAAUAAUAAUAACAGUAACAGCCAAGAAUGGUCUUUUAUGUUUUGCAGUAGAGUUAGCUGUAUUAAAAUAGAGAAGUAGUAGAAGUGUGAGGGGAAAAAGUGAUGUAUAAAAAAAAUGUUUGAGAGGUUGUGGUGUGGUUGAAACACUGACACAAUGGCUCUGUUCACACUGACGGCCUUAAAUGCCCAUUUCAGAUUCAUUGCUCAUAUCUGAAUUUUUGUAUGUAUGUCUAUGUUUGUGCACAAAUGUGGCCAUGAAAGCACAAAAGCAGUGGUGUUAAAAGUGUUCAGCUCAUUUCUUUCAGGAAAACAAUUAAUACAUACUGAGAAUACUGUACAUGUAAACAUGGUGCUUUCCAAACAUUACAUAUGAGUACCAACAUGUUGUUUUAGAUUGGUGGAGUUGUGGAUGAGUGCCUCAAGGGAAGAGUUUAUGACAUAAAAGGUCAUGUAAAUUCUGAUCUGAAAUCACAAUGCAAAAGAUCACAUCUCCAUCUGAUCCAGGACUACAUAUGGAAGUAGACCAGAUCAGAACUGAUAAUAUAAGCCACAUAUGAGCAAAAAGAUUGGGAAACUUUUGACUACAGUGUGAAUGCAGUUAAUAAAGUUGCAUUAUGGGAUAUGUGAGGGAAGGGUUUGGUUGGUUAGUUGGGUUUCUUUUUGCAUUGUUUUUUGAGAUGCUGUCUGAUUUUCAUGCCUAGCCUUUGUCUGUGAAAGUGCAAAUUCAUUUCUUGACAACCCCUUUACUGUGACUCUUGGCAUUUUAUUAACACCUUAAAAACUGAAUAGUCAUAUAUUUGUAUAAAGCAGGGGUGUCCAAUCCUGGAUCUCAAGGGCCGCUAUCCUGCAUGUUUUAGAUGUUUUCCUCUUCCAGUCCACCUGAGGGUCAUUAUGAUGCUUCUGCAGAUCACAGGCUUAUCAUUUGAAUCAGGUGUGUUGGAAGAGGGAUACAUCUAAAACAUGCAGGAUAGCGGCCCUUGAGGACCGGAUCUGGACACGCCUGGUAUAAAGGCUUAAUGAUACUAAUUAUUAUUAUACACUGGACUCUGCUGUACAUUGGUCAGCCCUUUACACCUGUCUCACACAGUCUAUUAAUGGUAUUCACCAUGUAAUCCACCUGCUAGUUCUACUAAACAUAGAGCAAGAUAUUAAUUUGAUUCUAUAACGCAGUAUGUACUUUUUACUGUACUAGAACUGAUACAUCCAUAUUGUCUAGAAGUACACUGUUCUAUAGAUGAUAUGGAUUAGCUGUUGAUGUGUAAUGAUGACAAGAUUUAAAAAAAUAAAUAAAGUAACCACAAACAUGAA